AUGCUGGGGAAGGCGUGUCUAAAGACACCUCGCUACCUUCCCGCCAAUAUUGCUUGGGGAGUAUCUCGUCGUAUCGUCGCCCCUAGGCAACUCCAUACCAGUUUAAGCCGUGCCACCAUCCAGUCCCGAGGAGACGAAUCAGGCCAUAUACAAGCUGGUACAAAUGAAGCUAUAGCCUAUAUUGACAGCUUAUUUCCGCUCAGAUUGAAGUGGCUACGUGAAAUUCCAUUCACCACUCCAACGACCGGCUCUAUUUCUACGGACCUCAAGAAGCGGAUAGAUAGACCGGAUCUUGCAGCUGCAGAACCCUUGUCCGUAGUGCAGCGAGCGUUACCGCCCGAACUACGCGGUGAAAUAACCGAAGUUAUUCCUCGCUAUGACGAGGGCGGUGCCUUUGUCAAGUUCACCCACGGGCCUGGGGUUGACGCUACAGAGCUGGCAUACCAACUAAAAGAUUAUCUGAUGAAGAACCCUGUCAGGCCAUGGUUUAACCCUUUUUACGCUACCCGUAUCGCUUUGGUGCGAGGUCGACCGUGGAUAGAAGAUCUUUAUCGCAUUCCUAGCAGAAAACUCAAAGUUGAAUUUCUCCCGACAUUUCCUGAAGCAGCUGCAGCAGAAUUAACCCAGGAAACAUUGUAUUCGUUGGCCAGGCGCUAUGGGAAGUUGACGGACAUUGUGGCGCAAUCAUCGGAUUCCAAAGUUGUGCCGCGGUAUGCGUUCAUUGAAUUCAACAGACUUCGGAGUGCAAUAACAGCUAAAAAUUGCCUACACGGGUUCAAGGUUUCCGAGGGUGAAGGGGGAGGGAAGUCGGGGACCCUGCUCAAAAUCACCUAUGAACAGAAAACGAAAGGGAAUUGGUUACGGGAUUGGUUAUUCAACCACCCAAGAAUCGUAAUUCCCAUUCUAGCGGCACUUCUCGCAACUCUUACGGUCAUCAUAUUCGAUCCAAUCCGCACUUUCUCCAUUAAAAUUAGAAUCAAGCCGCCUCUUCACCUGAAAGAUAACAUUGUUUGGCAAUGGGUGCAACGGCAAGCUAGUAAAGCGAACGAAAUGAUUUUGUUCGGGCACCAUCGUUCGGAGGCUGGAGGGCUAAGAGCGGUAUGGGAAGACCGGAAAGGCGAUAUUCAAGUUAUCCAAAGUUGGCUGCUCGAAGUUGCCAGUACUUUAAUCAUAAUCCAAGGACCGCGUGGUUCUUGCAAGAAGGAGCUCAUUCUGGAUGAAGUGUUGCAGGAUCGUGAACCCAAAUUAGUUAUAGAUUGCAAACCCAUCCAAGAUGCCAAUGGCGACAGCGCCACAAUCAAUGCUGCCGCUGCUGAGGUUGGCUAUCGACCUGUGUUUUCCUGGAUGAACAGCGUCAGCAGCGUGAUAGAUCUGGCGAUCCAAGGAACUACAGGUGCAAAGGCCGGUUUCUCAGAAACGCUAGAUGCCCAGCUCGGAAAGAUAUUGCAGAAUACUGCGAAUGCAUUGAAAAAAGUGGCUCUUGAGGGGAGAGGAAAAGAUGACAAAGAUGCCAAUCUCAGCGAUGAAGAGUACCUGGAAGCUCACCCAGAAAGGCGCCCAGUUGUGAUAAUCGACAAUUUCUUGCAUAAAAACAACGAAAAUCCGAUGAUUUAUGACAAACUAGCUGAAUGGGCAGCAGCGGUGACCACUUCUAACAUUGCUCGUGUAAUAUUUUUGACGGAGGAUGUUUCAGCCUCGAAGUCUUUGAGCAGGGCUCUUCCGAGCACAGUUUUCCACCAGAUGUCAUUACAGGACUGCUCAUCGGAAGUGGCCAAGCGCUUCGUCCUUGAGCAUAUUCGAGCUGAGGGUGAGGGAAACCAGCGGAACGACACUCCUGAGAGUCUGCAACAUAUGGAAGGGCUUGAUGAUGCCAUCCAAGCUCUGGGCGGACGCCUGACCGAUCUCGAGUUCCUAGCUCGAAUGAUCAAAACUGGAUCAACGCCAAAGGAUGCCGUCCAACGAAUAAUCAAUGAUGCUUCUGCUGAGAUUUUAAAAUCGUUUAUCCUCGAUCUCCCCGCCACCAAGAACUCGCCAUGGUCGGCAGAACAGGCUUGGUAUCUCAUUUCGAAAUUUGGAAAGAGCGAUUCAGAAACGCUGCGAUACAAUGCCAUUUUGCUCCAUCCCCUAUUCAAAAGCGGUGGCGAGGCCGUGGUCCAGGCCCUCCAGCAUGCAGAGCUUAUAUCUGUUUGCACUAUUGACGGCUCUCCGUCAUCAAUCAAACCGGGGAGACCAGUAUACCGUGCAGCCUUUAAACAACUUACCGACAAUAGGGCCUUGAGAAGUCGGUUCGAAAUGGCGAUAUUGGCCCGGUUAAUUGCGAUCGAGAAUCAAAAUAUCCAAAAUCUAGAAAAAGAAUUACAGGUACUUGGGUCCUUCCCAAAGCAACCGGGUGAAGUAGCACCACGUGUCCGUUGGUUACUGGGAAAGUUGAGCGGCUCGCAGGUUAAUUUGGAGAAAUAUGAAAGGAAGGCUUCCUUGUUAAAAAAAGUCCUUGAGGUGGAGUAA